AUGGGAUCGACCGAGGAGCCCAAGCCCGUCACCACGACUGUGCACGCAUACGACACUCAGCAGCUCCGCGGCUUGUUCAAGAGCCAGGUCAUGGGUGUUGGCAUGAUGGCCGUCAUGCACCUCUACUUCCAGUACACCAACCCUCUCCUCAUCCAGUCCAUCAUCCCCCUUAAGGGCGCCUUUGAGGGCAACCUGGUCAAGGUUCACCUGUUCGGACAGCCGGCAGUUGGCGAGCUCAAGAGACCCUGGAAGGCCUCUGGCGGUCUGAUGGGCAUGCAAGGUGCCGGUGAUAUCAAGACCGACAAGAAGAGCAUCGAGGCUGCCGAGAAGGCCGGCCGUGGUGGUGCCAAGGAGGAAUAG